AUGGCACAUUGGAGUGGAAGAGAGUUGGGUUGGGAUGCAGAGGAUGUUGACCAUGGCUGCUUUUUUAAUGACGCUUUUCUUUCAUUUAAGAUUGAAGGUGGUUGGAGAGCCGAUGGAAAAGGAUUUAGUAUCUGGGAUGAGUUUUCCCACACUCCUGGGAGAGUGGCUGAUGAUGAUAAUGGCGAUGUUGCUUGUGAUAGUUACAACAAGCUUGAUGAAGAUAUCGAGGUGCUGAAGAAGUUGAAAGUGACCCACUAUCGCUUCUCUGUAUCCUGGCCCAGAGUGCUUCCUGACGGCACUAAUAAGAACAUUAAUGAAGCUGGACUCAACUACUACCUCAGAUUGCUGGAUGCUUUGGAAGCUGCAAAUAUUCAGCCCCAGCUGACACUGUACCACUGGGAUCUUCCAUUAGAGCUUCAGAAAGUAGGAGGCUGGGAGAAUGAAACCAUUGUCCAAAGAUUCAGAGAAUAUGCAGAUGUUUUAUUCAGCCGACUUGGAAGUAAAGUAAAAUUUUGGAUCACCCUCAAUGAAGCCUGGAUUGUAGCCAACCUUGGCUAUGGAUAUGGUAACUUUGCUCCAGCUUUGCCCCGGUUUGGGUCGUACCUGUGCAUGUACAUUGUGUCCGUGGCGUCCUCGUUUUGCAACAGUACUCCACAGUGGGAAUCCCUGUCCUGCCGUACUAGCGUCCUCCAUGGCAGCGCUCUCCAUCUCCCUGACGGCCACGUCACUGGUCGAUCCGCCCUCUCCAAACUGCCCCACAGCCGGCGUGUCUCGGGGCAGAGUCUGCAAACCCGGCACACAUCCAUCGCCAGCGCUACGUCGCUCAAUCACACCAAGGCGAUGGUUGAUGUCCGCUGUCACUGCACGGAGAUCCUCUGA